GAAGUUCAAAUUUGGUUUGGUUCAAACUCAAGUUCAACUUGUUCUUUGACCAACAUCUUCAAUUACAGUAGCAGCUUCAGACAGGCCUUCUCGAUUUUAACGAUGGUCACUUAUUCUGCUUUCUUUUCUUCUGGCCUUCUCGCGCCCUACCAUCCAAGAACAACAACUCCUGCACCACCCUCCUCGCCGAUGCCGAUGCCAUCCAGCACUAUGCACCCUGUCGAUCGCGAUCUGAGCGUGACGCCAACACCCGGCGACAACUCAAAUAAUGUUGCUGCAAUACCCACUGCGAAUGCUGACCGUCCUCGCAUGCGCAGGCGUCGCAGUAGCAUAAAUAUCAGCGUGAACCCAAUGGCUCUUAUCAAAUCCCCGACCCGAAAUGCGGGUAGCGCGCUUCAGCGCACCGGCGUCAUGUCUCCCACUAGGAGUCGUGCAGGCAGCAUCGCAGAGAACGCUUCAGACACUAACAGUCUUUUUGGAAGAUUAAGGAGUGGCAGUCUGAACACAGGCACUUCACUGCGGUGAGUGGCUCUAAUGCCUGUAAUUGGAUGCGUUCUGGAACUCAUAGUGUGCAGCCUGCGUCGUGCAGUCAAGCGAACCGUCCCAAUCGCUCCGCCCCCUACUGCCCCUCUUCCUGCACUUCCACC